AUGGCAGAAGCGGCCGUCGGCGGGCCUCACCUCCCUGAGGAGAUCGUCACCUGGGAGAUUCUCAUCCGCCUGCCGCCGAAGCCCCUCGUCCGCUGCCGCGCCGUCUGCCGCUCCUGGCACCGCCGCCUCACCUCCGACGCCAAAUUCCUCUUCGCCCACCACCGCCGCCAGCCCUCGCUCCCGCUCGUCACCACCGAAGACACCCAUGAAAGAAGGAUCGACGCCCUCGACCACAGCACCGGCGAGCGGCGCCCCGUCGCGCGGGCGGCCCGGACCGCAGCCGACGAGCACUUCGAUGUGCUCGCCUCCUGCGACGGCCUCCUUAUCCUCGUCGCCUACGGCGGCGUCUACAUCUGCAACCCGGCGACUCGCCAGCACGCGCCCCUCCCGCUGCUUCACGUCUACUGCAUCGCCGGGUUAUACUUCCACCGCCCGUCGGGGUCCUACCGAGUUCUGUGCUGCUUGAAGACAACCGAGGACGGCCAGUUCCGUGCCGUAUACCAGGUGUACACACUCGGGUCCGGCGACCUCAGGUGCAUCGGGAAGGCUCUCGAGCCGUGGACGUCCGGAGAUCUAGCGCGGGCGAUGCCGAUGAUGGUGUCAUUUCAACCGCACGUCCUGGCAGGCGGCAGGCUUUACUGGCAGCCCAUUAAGUUGCCUGGUGCUGGUGGCAACGGCAAGGUGAACAACAUGCUGGUGUUCGACACCAUGGCCGAGUCCUUCCAGCAUCUGCUUUCGCCAGUCGAGGGCGCCUUUCUUGAGCCGUUUGAGAUGAACGGCACUCUUGGAUUGUACGACUACCAUGGCAGCACGGCUGAUCUCUGGGUUCUAGAGGAUCACGAGAGCUGGGCCUGGUCGUUGAAGCACCGGAUCAAGUUGCAGGUGAUGGCCUUCUCUCUGGUGCCGGACAUCCAAGGAGGCGUGCUCCUUCUUUCUGAAAAUGAGGAAUCAGGCCUUCUAUGGCAAUAUCUGCAGCAUGUUUCUGGUGCCGAUGGUAGUAUCUCCACACGGUAUGAAUGGAGCGCUUAUCUGAAGCUUAGGAGACAUAGGCUCAGAGAAAGUCUUGUUCAGCAUUCCUUCUUCUCGAUGGAAGGUAACAAUGGUGGUGGUGUGGAUGGAAAACCGUUGUUCGAUGGGUUGUCAACUGUGAAGGUGCUUACUGCUGAUAUUUCGGAGCUGCACUAA